CGAAAUUUACCUUGUGACUCAUCUAGUUGGAAUUGUUUUCCGGUCAUGAGACAUCCAUCUGCAUGCAGUCUAUUGUUUAACACGUGAGCAGUGAGCAGUGAUCACGUGAAAUGAACAUGGUCGUCACGCUCUCGGAGUUAAAGGAGAAACUUGAUUGGAUAGUGAGAGUGUUGCAGGAUUAACUUCGCAUAUAACUGCUGAUAACAUACUACGGAUUAUCACUACAGACGCUAUACUCGUUGAGUUUUUGACGAUUAUUACUACAGACGCUACACUCGUUGAGUUUUUGACGAUUAUUACUACAGACGCUACACUCGUUGAGUUUUUGAGAUGGGUAAAUACUACCUUAAUCAAAAAGAUGCUCCAGAUGCUACCGGUAGAUGGGAAAUUGAAGCAGAAAAUAUACUAGUGAUUUACGAGGAAAUUCUAGAGCUUAUCGCGUUGAUAAGAAAAACAGAAGAACAGAAAAACAGAAAAACAGAAGAACAGAGGUUAGAGAGUUUCAAGACAAGGGUUGAGGAGCCAAAGGACAACCUGGAUGUCCUUCUGAGGAAUGCUAGCCGAGGAAUAACUUUGCAAUUGGAGGAUGCAGCUAAUAUGGAGAACAGUCGUGACAUUUACAUGGCUAAGUACCAAUUAAAACGCAAGCCAACGGAUAAUCCGUUCAGUCAAUUUGCAAAAAUAACAGAUACAGGGGUGCAGUCGUGGGUGGAUUUGGAAACACUAAGAUAUAGAGAAACCUUGAUCGGCGACAUUAAAUCGACGGCGGCGAAAGCAAAGUCUAGAGAAGACCUAAGAAUUGAUGCAUUUUGUAAUAAAUACGGCGUAGCAAGUGAUAAAAAGAAGGCACUGAUAAACUUAUUGAAUGCUCUUAAAGGUGGUGAAAGUUUGAUAUUGAAAGAUAUGCAAAAUAGAGAACAGAUCGCUGUCAGCCCUUAAUUGCGUGUAAUGAUUUCAUUUGGUUAGAGACGUAUGAUGGAGUGGACAGACCCACGCUGAACGAACUGAAUUUGAAUUUUCUCAUGUUGUGUUUAAAAAUCUAAUCAUUUUGUGUUUGAAAUUUAUGUAGAACGAUUUUGUUGAAUCAAAAGGAGCUAGUAGAAUCACUGACACGUGUACGAUGUUACAUAAUCAUAAUUGAAUCACGUUUUAGUCAUCACAAGGUAAAAUUAGUCACAUAACUUGUCAACACUUGUAUUUGUAAUUUUUUUUUCCUCGGGCAUAAUUUUCUAGCUUCUUCCAACUUGAUGUGUAAUUGCAAUGAGUAAAAUAAUUAAACACGCACGAUUGAAUUAUAA